GUGCACUGUAAAAUUGCGCGCAGCUUCCCAAGCUUCCGCAGAUUGUGCAUGCACGGGCAAUCGACGCACGCCGGCAGCGGAAGCGCCGCGGUACCGUGCGCGGUGAAAAGUUGCCAACAUCUUCCGCACCGCUUCCGCACCGCUUCCGCAGACUGCGCAUGCACGCGCAAUCACCGCACGGCGCACUCGCUGUAACUACACGGGCGUGCUCGCCGGUCUGCGGUCGUGUUUGUACGUGCCUUUCACACACACACACACACACACACACAGAGAGAGAGAGAGAGAGAGAGAGAGAGAGAGAGAGAGAGAGAGAGAGAGAUGGCAGGGAUUGAGGCAAGCGAGCUGACCCACGAAAGGCCAGCGCUGGCGACUACACCGCUCGUGCUGCCCAAUCGCAUUCUUAUGGGCCCAGGGCCUUCAUCAGCUCAUCCAAGGGUUUUGGCGGCUGCGGCGAUGCCUCUGCUGGGACAUAUGCAUCCUGAGGUCCUGGGCGUGAUGGACGAGGUGCAAACGUGGCUUCGCUACAUGUUCCAAACGUCAAAUGCAAUGACACUGGCAGUAUCUGGAACAGGACAUGCAGCAAUGGAGGCAGCAGUCGCAAAUGUUGUCGAGCCAGGCGACAUCGUACUGGUUGGAGUCAAUGGCAUCUGGGGUGAGCGGAUGACGGAUCUGGCAGCACGGUACGGGGCGGAUGUUCGCCGAAUAGAUGCAGCUCCUGGCACAGCUUUCACCUAUACGAAUGGAUCUUGGCAGUUUUCACAACAUCAAUCCAUGGUGUUGAUAGGGAUGUAUGCGCUGUUUGCCCUCGACACAGUAUGCACCUUAGGAGGCGUGCCUUUGUUUGUGGACUCACAAGGUGUUGAUGUUGCCUACAGCGGGUCGCAGAAGUGCUUGAGCGCACCGCCAGGGCAGUCACCCCUAACUUUGAGCAGCAGGGCAACAGCGAAAUUGGCGAACAGGAAGACAAAGGUAGCGUCUUACUAUUUUGAUCUAAACUUGGUUGGAGAGUACUGGGGCGUUGGUGGUGUCCCGCGCAAGUAUCAUCACACAGGCAUGGUCAGCAACACUUUUGCCAUGAGGGAAGCCCUUGCAAUGGCGGCAGAGGAGGGCAUAGGCAAGCUCUGGAAGAGGCAUCGUGAGAUGGCCGCCAAACUGUAUGCUGGCUUAGAGGAGCUGGGUCUGGAGCUGUUUGUGAAAGAUCCGGCCGUCCGUCUGCCGACAGUUACGACAUUCUGCGUGCCAGCUGGCGUGCAGUGGACUGAGGUGGCUGGUACGUUCAUGUUCCCGUUGGGGUUCGGACGUGUGUGCACGUCCCGCAUGUUGAUGCGAUCAGGAGCAGUCAAGUCUGGCCCCACACCUGCGGAACAGGCAGAGAUAGACCGCAGGUUGGCAGAGAAGAAAAAAGAGAAAGAAGCCAAGAAGAAGCAGAAAGAAGAAGAAGAAGAAGUAGAACAGGAAGAAGAACAAACCUUGCAAAGACGUCGUCACGUUAAUAUCCCGGAAAGUAGCACAGCCAACCGACUCCCCGUUGAACCUUUGAACUGGGCUGACCAAUAUUAUUACUCCAACGAAAUUUUAAAGGAGUCUGAAGAAGAACGUGAUCUGUUCCUUGCUAAGUUAGCUACGGUAAAUGACACCGUUGAGCGGAACCUGAUGAUGGAAGAAAAAAAGGCAGAGUUGAACAAUAAACUGCUAGCCACCAGAAGACAAGAAAUUGAUGAAAAGAAAAGGCUGCAGGCAGAAGGGGAGAAAUUACAGAAAGCUCUAGAGGAGCAAAAAGAUAAACCCUCUGCGACUGAAGAACAACUAGCACUGCUAAGGGAGGCCGUGCUUAACACAAGACAAGAUAUGAACUUAAUGCGCCAGACGCUGCAAAGAGUUGAGACCCAUCGGGUUGAGUUCGAGACUAUUUGGAACAACUUCUUAGAAAAGUCUGCUAAGGACAUGGACCAUCAUGUUCAGACAUAUAUCCAGGUUUUGGAUGAUCAUGUCACUAAAACAUUCACUCCGGAAGUCGUAGAGAGGAUUGUAAAGGGAGAUGGAGGCGAUGGGGGAGAUGGUGACGACGAUGGCGACCGUGACAGGAAGGAGAAGAAGAAGAUUGGGGAUCCUAAAGAAAAACUUCCUCAGGAAUCUGGGCAGGUUAGCAAGAUCAAGCUUAAACUGCCCUGGACCUAUAAUGGGAAAAAGGAAGAGAGUGUCUUACAUUGGGCAGCCGCAAUUGAAACCUACGUAUACGGACAGCGUAUCCCAUAUUGGGACAGGGUAUUGAUGGCAACAUCGUGCAUGGGAGGCGACGCCAUGAGCUUUGCCAUCUUGCUGCAAAAAGAGGCGGGAUGCAGCUCUAUGGUGUGGAGAAUCGGUCUGAUGGGGAACAACUGCCACCCUGCACAAGUGACUCUUGUUCUUGCCGCGCUCAAGGAUGCGCUCACACACGUCGGUUUCCUGAAACACUGAGAGCCAGUGAGAGGCUCAGCUUGAUUGCCAAAGAUUUUCCAUGAUCAUGAUCGUCAAUCAUCGUCAAAAUCGAAUUUCGUCAUCAUCAGCAGGGCAAGGGUUCGAUGCCGUCUUCCUCAUUGCAUCCUCAAGGGAGUUCCCAGGGCAAGGGUUCGAUGCCGUCUUCCUCAUUGCAUCCUCAAGGGAGUUCCCAGCAUGCCACCAUGUGGACGCACAAUCAGCUCAUUUUGCCUGCGCUGCAUCAACCCAUACUAUAUUAAAUGAGUGCUGUCAAUGUGUAAGCCUGCCCCGUGUUUAUCCUUCUGAAGUUGUGAAUGGAUGAGCUGACAACUCUCUCUCAUUCCACCGGCGGCCAGGUCCACUUCUCCUCCUCCUCCCCUCCUCCUCCUCCUCCUCCUCCUCCUUUUUUAUCAUCCAAUCUCUUUUUCUUGAGCGAAGCCUAUCUUCCGCAAGACCUUAGUACUCAACUUGAAGAGGAACUGCCCAACACUGUGCACGCACUGCAGAUGUGUAGUAGAAACAACAACAGAGUUAGUAGAAACAACAACAGACUUUCAAUUGAGGGACGGACAAUGGACAUCCACCCGUUCAGAGAGCAAUCCGUCAAUAUGUGUUGUUGUCAAUUGGGAAUUGCAGCAUGGGGCUGCAGGUGAUAUCAAGGCACGAGUGUGUGCGACUGAUGGUGGUGACGAUAGGUAACUCGUCUUCUGGAUUGCCGAGCCAUCAUUCAUAGCAGCCAUUAAGCUAGUAGAUGUCUGAAUGGGUGUUGGCUAUUGGCUAUUGGCUAUUGGCUAUUGGCUAUUGAAUAGCCAAUCAAGCUCGUGUGGUUGACAGAAUACUAGCUGUGUCUGAUGCGGAUCGCCUUCGGAAUCAUGGCGAUUGUCUGGUCGCCGUACUGGUCUGAGUGACGCGAUCGCCAUUCCGUGCAAAUUGUUCACAUGAAGCGACAUCAUCAAAGCUUUGUCGACAUCAUCAAAGCUUUGUUGAUAUCAUCAAGGCUUUGUUGAAUGGCUUUUGAAUAGCCAGUCAAGAUGGAUGAGAACAUCAUCGAAGCUUCGUUGAGACCCCUUGGCGCACUCGUGCAAAUUGCAAAUUGGUAGCAAUACCCUUCGUCUUUGAGAGGUAGCAGAUUCAUAGUGACAGACUGAGUGUGUCUCUGAAGGUGCUCCUCAAUCCUGAAGGAGCUCUGCUCUGUUGUGCUAUGGUCAGCGUAUGUGGAAGACCUGGUAUGGAAGCAGGGAAAGAGUGGUUCUUUUUUUUUUUUUUUUUUUUUUUUAACAAAUGAGGUUCGAUCGUGCUCGAGCACUGGAACAUGCGCUCGUCAACUUAAUAAGCGUAAAGAAAAGAAAAGAAAAGAAAAUGGCAUCGUUACGUUCUGUCCAUUACCACUGAGGAGCAGGAGUGGGAAUAGGGAUGGAAACAGGUUUGGGAUUGGGAUCUGGACUGGGUUGGGGAAAAACAAACAAACAAACAUUUUGAAACAAACAGAAAAAAAAAGAAUGCGUUGAAGGAGCACAGUUUGUUAGUACCUAUUACCCAUCGCUACUGGAUUGAGCUUCUAGUUGUGUGAGGCAGCGAUCUUAUCGCGUUUUUUUUUUUUUUUUUUUAUAUUAUUAUUAUUAUUAUUUGAAGUAUUUCAUUGGGCAGGGGAAUCAACAGUAUCGCCGUCA